UGUGCGCCACCUAAUAAUCUAUGCGCGCUGGAAAAACCUCAAAAAAUUGAACGAAAAUAAAAUAACAAUCAUCUUAUGAAUGGCCGCUUGAGACAUGUAUAAGACGACAUUUAGCCGAAUUACAUUGGAACGGGAGUUGCCUGGAUACCCAGCGUCACAUGCAGAGAUUUUCGUUAUUAAGAAACAGCCAAAAAAAAAGAAGAAAAAUAAAAACUAGUUUGAUCCCAUUCGUCCAGCAGUCCAACAUUUUCUCAGCCGCGGCCAAACUUUUUCCGAGCGUCCGCGUGUAUAGUAACAGCAUCGAAGUGAUUUGUCGCCUGUAUGCGCUUCACAAUCAGCGGCUCCAACUUUUUCGUCCGCUCUCUUUACUAUAUCCACCAAUCAUCUGUGUAUGUGCGCACAUUUUUCACGAAAAAUAUCUUAAAAAACAACCGUGGUGGUGGUGGCGGCUACGGUUCAGCAGUCAUUCACGCGCCUAAAAGUUAAAAAAGAAAAAGAAAAAAAAAAAGUUAUUUUUGUGGAGUAAGAAGAAGAACAUGUACACACACUACUGCCCUAUAAUACAAUGGGGCAGUACCAGCACCGAGUGGGAGUGGUCUCAAGUCUUCUACUAGCUACUAGACUGCUGCUGCUGCUGCUCUAUACGACGACGGGUAUGGCAGAUAGUAUAAAAAGAGCGGCGAGGAACUGUGUCGUCCGCCACUCUCUCAUCCGUCCCUCUCUAUACAUGUGCUGCAGCUCUCUCGAUCCCUUUUUCGGAAGCGACAUUCAUCUCAACUACAACUACAUCUAACUCAUCUAGUGCCUGCUAUACACUGUGCCGGGGGAUUUGGCGCUGGAUUAACCGGAGGCAAAAUUUCAUACCAGCCUGGAAUCUUUGGCGCGUAUACAGACAAAGUGACGGCAGCCAAAUCAAGUUCAUUUUGGCUUCCCAGCUGUUUCCCUACAUCCAGCUAGCGGCCAAUUCCAUGGCACUCUUCCGUCAGCAUCCGCAAGAUUCCACCCUAUCGUACGAUGGAGGUUUCGGCUCACGGACAUGGUCGAACAUGAUGAUGAUGUGGCUGCUGCUGAUUUCCAUGGCUGUAAUCGGAUCCAGCGAAGCGGCCGGAACGAGGACGACAUUCGCCGGUAACCGAUUGCCCGACAUCGUGCCCGGUGUUCCCGGCGUUGACUAUCCGGUAGCGUCGCGCGUUCCCGCCACGCUUCGGUUCCGAUGCGACCAACAAGAUUACCCGGGAUUCUUCGCCGAUCCAGAAACUGGUUGCCAGGUUUUUCACGUUUGUCGUGACAACAAGAAAACGUCGUUCCUCUGUCCGAACGGGACGCUCUACCAUCAGCGCUUCUUCGUUUGCGACUGGUGGUUCAAUGUCGACUGUUCCAAAUCCGUUGGACUGUACCCGCUCAACAAAGAUGUCAUCCAACGGCACGAGCAACAACCUCAAGAUCGCCGACUGGAAGGAUCAACCCGACCGCAAGUCGCCGCCGCCGCCGCCGAACGCAGUAGCAGUUCGCCGUAUUUCCAGGAGCCGACGCCGACGCCAUCUUUCGCUCGAUUCGACAAGCGCGAAGUGUCGGAACCGACGUUCCAGGAAUGGGCGUCGCGACAUAUUCCGCUGUCGAAACCAUCUGACACGGCCAACUUCAAGACGACUCGAGCCGGAACGGAUUGGGUUCCCGGUAAUCGACCGAGAGCUCCUGACGUCACGGUCCCGUUCUACGAGUCGCCUUUCAAAACACUGGCGUCCACUUCGGGGACUGACGUUAGCCGAGACCCGUGGUCACCCACUGUGACGUCGCCGUCCAGCCGAUAUGAGUCCUCAUCCGAUUACGGCCGCGAUAAUUUGAAGAGUAAAGAAGAGUAUCCCAUAUCAACGUCGUUGUUGCCGGAUAAGUGGUUGCUGCUGGCCCAGGAUCCUGACUUCCUUAACAAUAUCGCUUGGGGUGCACAACUGCACAUUCUCAAUAAAACGCGAGGCUCGGGUUACCUGCGAACCAAGCCGAAUAAUAACCGCAAGCCAAUAAAUCAGCAAGAGCUGGAGUCGCAUCCGUUCCAGGGUUUCAGGUCAAACCCCUCCAGCAAAAGUCCGUCAAAUGACCGUUCCAGUAUUCGUAUUGAACCCAAUACCCACCAAGAACGUCAACCCGAGCGCCAACCCGAGCGCCAACCCGAGCGCCAACCUGAACGCCAACCUGAACGCCAACCUGAACGCCAACCUGAACGCCAACCUGAACGCCAAUUCGGUCGUCAACCCGAACGUCAAUUUGAACGUCAAUUUGAACGACAACCCGAACGUCAAUUUGAACGACAACCCGAACGACAACCCGAACGUCAACCGGAAUAUCAACCGGAAUAUCAACCGGAAUAUCAACCGGAAUAUCAACCCGAACGUCAACCCGAACGUCAACCCGAACGUCAACCCGAACGUCAACCCGAACGUCAACCCGAACGUCAACCCGAACGUCAACCCGAACGUCAACCAGAACGUCAACCAGAACGUCAACCAGAACGUCAAUUUGAACGCCAACCUGAACGUCCUACACCUCCAUUUGUUCCAAGCUCUUUACUUAGCGUAUCGAAAGAACAACAGGAACAGGAGGAGAAGAACAGCCACUACUGGAAAUCUUUCCCGAGUACUAGUAAUCCAAAUUCAAUCAUUCACAUUUCCACCACUAGCCGACCCAUCCAGCUUCCGGUGAGCACCGCUGUACACUACAGCAGUCCUCCUAUCCGACCGGUUCAACAAAAGACGACGUAUCCGGCUCGGCCGAAACCUACUCCAACGACGACCUACGCCACAACGAAACAGCAGCCCAAAUUACCAUCACCUUACCAGGCAACCAAGACGACCGUCUACGUGAAAAAGCCCUGGGUCACUACUCCCGCCGGUUAUACUUAUGGCAGCACCAAGCCGAAACAACUGAAGAAACAACAAUAUUACUACUCUACUUCAUCGGCUGUGGGUGCGGCCUCUUCUCCGUCCUAUCAGACGGCGUACCCAACGGCGUACCCAACGGCGUACCCAACAGCGUACCCAACGGCGUACCCAACUCCCGCAUACCAAGUGGUCCUGACCGGCGGAUCGGAUUAUCAGGUGACCAGUGUCCUGACUCGACCUGCGCCGCCAGCAGCGCGCUCACCUGCUCCAACAACAACCCAUCCGUUACAGCAGAAAUCUCCUGCGUUGCGGAAUACGCCGCUAUUAGUGCAGCCGCAGAAGUUAAUUCCGCUCUCAAUCUUGCUGCCGCUGGAGCCGCAUCCUUCCACCAAUCAGCAUCUGCCGUACACCAAUCAGAGAUCCCAGCAGCAGCCGGUCACUCGGCCUCUGCAAACUGUUCGACCUCAGACACCGUGGCCGACUCAACCUUCCCCGAUCAUCAUUCCACUUCACAACAGUAGAAGCGACACUUUCCGGCCGUCGGAAUUGGUCAAAAUGUCCGUUCCGAUGCGGCCUUCCUUGUUACUUUCGUCGACCGGACCUUCCUCCAGUUCGCCUUUCGAGUUUGAACCGACCCAGCACCGCGAAUGGGAGUCGUCGGUCACGCCCACAGCAGCUUCAUCUUCCAUAAAUUACCAAACGUCCGCCAGCACUAAUAACAAUCACUUUGACACGUUCCCCCCAACACCCCAACAGGAUGGACGUCACAUUGCGACCGUUAUCACCGGUAAACUGAAACCGGUUAAUGUGUUUCCAACUGAAACGACCGAUAGUGCCGACAGUAAUAAUAGCGACGACAUCCGCUCGUUUGUCGUCCGGCCAAGGAACCCCAUCACGCUGGCCUCUUCCUCGGCUCAAUGAUGAUCGUUAAUGGCUCUGAUCGCUGCGCGUUGGGGCGAAAAACUGUUUGUGUAUACAUCACAUUAAGCCAUAUUAAUCGACACAUAAUCAGCAGAUCCCUAUGUUAUUUGGCAGGGUAUAUAAUUUCAUGAAUCAAUCACCCAUUCAUCACAGUGUCGUUUUUUUUUCAUUGUUUCUCCCCACGAUUUUUUUCUAAAUAAUUCUCUUCGCUUUUUGAAAUGGUGAAUAAUGGAUUUCUUUUUGUUACAUUCCUGCAGAUCUUUCAAAUGAAUAAUAGGCCCCCCAAAAGUAUAAUCGGACGAAAAUCUGCACUUUAGACAAACACGGUGAAAAAGUCAUUCAUCCCAAUCCUAUAAAUACGUUUUGUAUACUAACUGAUGUUGUACUGUUUUGUCCGGUGUUCGUCAACUGUACCAUAUUAACCUUUUUUUUUUUAACGGCGUUUUCGAAUCUCCCGCGGUCUCUUCUCUUCCAAUUUAUUGACAGUCGACCACUCUACAGUCUACACGCAUCGCACAACAAGCAUAAGAUUUUGUUUCCUUUUGUUAUUCCCUUUCUCUUCCUUCUUUCACUUUUUUUUAAAAACCAAAUCGCUGGUUUUUUUGUUCUUUUUGGGUUUUUUUUUUAUUUUUGAAAGUUACGCACUUUGCAUCACGUUAUUACUAGAGAGAGUUGUAGAACGACUUGCUCCGUUGCUCGCACAUAUAAAUAUACGCACAUAGUGACAUGCAGAACAAUUCCAUAGCCUAUCCCAGACAGUAUUAACACACCCAAAAGUCUGUUCUAUAUCCCAUAAUAUAUUCCCAUCAUAAACAAGCGAGCCCCCGCUGAAAAUGAAUAAAUACACACAACAUUUUUCCGAG